AUGACGUACAUUACUUCCAUACAUUUGUGCAAAGGUGAAAGAAGUUUAGCGAAGGUUGGUAAUGGGAAUCCUCACGUAAUCGAAGACGACGAUGAAUACAUGGGCUAUCGUAUCCCUAAAAAUAGUUUAGUCGCAAUGGACAUGUACGCGUUAAUUGGAACCCGGAGCGGGGCUAAGGCUUUGUCUUGGCAUUCGUCUGGUACAUUAUUUAUAGAAUCAUUUCUAGCAAAAGCCGAAGCAGAACUCGAAUUAUUCGCUGCUUCUAUUUCUGGGCUUUUAGAAUCGAACGUCCUCGUGCAAAACCGGAGAAGAUUGAUUUAA